AAACACUGCCAGGAGCACACACUACGGAGGAGUUGCGCCCGUAGGACAACAGAGCACAUGGACAAGUCAACGCGGCAACGAGCGCAGCGUCGCAGGAAAGCACGAGCCAAUGGAGGUGCCAAAGAUGGCGACAACGACAGCACGAACAACAACAGCAUAUUGCGGUCGCCGCCGCAGCCAAGAUCUCGGUCGUUGUUGCAGCAGCAGGAUAAAGACCAGGGCGACGGCACGGCAGUGUCCGAAUCGGAUUCGGACGAUGAAGCGGACAGCGACAAGGAAUUGACGUCGUACACGUUGUUGCAGGCGCUGAGCGCUCACGUGGACGACGCUGACGCCGAGUUGAAGCAGGAAAAGGUCGAGGGUGAAGCAUUGGAAGCAGCUAUCGAGUUCAAGGAGCGCAUGUUGGAGCUCAAGACGAAGGUUCAGAUGAUCGAAGAUGGGAAGUUCGCUGAGUACUGUCGGCGAUGCGUCGAUUUCAAGGACGAACGGUCUCGGUCGCUGGAGACAGCUAAACAGCACAAGGAAUUGCAGUUAAAGAACGUCGAGGAUCUGCGGAUGUGUGACCUCCAGACAGCGAACAAUGUGUACGCCACUGCGAAAGCUCAUUUAAAGCAAGUCCUUAUGGCCAAGGUGUCGUCCAUGUUGAGCGCCGUCGACAAACAGCUCGAGACCUUGGACAAGGCCGACAUAGAAGCACCGGAGCUCGCCAUCUCAGCCGACAAUACUUCCAGGGAGGCCUGCGUUGAAGAGGAUUUAGACCACAGCGCAGACGACGCCGAGCCCCGAGGAAAGAAGCCCAAGCUAGCCUUUGAUACCCUCGACAUGUCAGGGCCAUUUGCGACAAAAAUGAAAUCCCGAGUCCUUGGGUGCAAGGACCUCCCAUGCAAAAACAUGGACCCGCUGCCGCAAGCCGACAUCCUCGACGACUUGGCAGCAGUCUGCUCCGACUGGAAAGCGGCGAUACCAGCCCAGCCAACGAGUCCCCACCACGACGAUCCGUUUCCACUGGAGACUGUCGAGAUCCAGCUCCAUGGCGGGGUCCUGGAGUGCGGCAAGUACAUGUUCGACGAAGGCGAUGAAGUCGUCGUUUCGUCCAACGUGAUGCAACGAGAGUACAUUGGCGUCAUCCAAGCCCUAUCCAACGAUGCCGUGUUCCUGCAGCUGAAUACUGGCGAGACCGCGCGUGUAUACUACAGCCUGAUUGCGUCCAAGCGGUGCGAACUCAAACCGAUUCUGCGAGGCAACUUGGGACUCAAGAACUUCCAAUCCUCUGGAUGGGUUCGAUGUGAGCCGUUCUAACUCGCCUUGAGCUAUCAUAACGUGCCGCUUCAUGCUAUUGCAUGCAAAGACUUCACAAGCUUGAAAGACACGUAUAGGAAAGCACUACCGCUGCGUCGUCCAUUCCUUCGACUGCAUUCUAUCCUGCACUGCAAUCUACCUUGCCGGGAAGUGCGCAUUCAGCGUUAGAAUGUGUGACAAAGACACACAACGUCAACAAUCUGGCGGGGCGUGGGA